CAGGAAGCGCUGGAAAAAUGGAAGUCGACGGCAUUAUUGAAAUGUUCAAACGUUCAUAAGAUUUACACGACGCUAUGUACGAAAAUUAUAUAGGCGAUGGAGACAGCAAAACUUUUAAAAAUUUACUCAAUGAAAAGCCAUACGGAGACGAAUUAUCAGUAAAAAAAAAGAGAUGCGAAAAAAUGGAGGUGUGUUUUUCUGAUGAUCGCUAAUUCGAUCGCCAUUUGGAGGCAUUAAAACGCAUCUUUUUAUGAAUAAAAAAAAUUUUUUUUGGAGUUUAAAUGUUAAACAAUUCCAUGAAAAAACCGCAUCUUCCUAUAUAUAAUAGAUUUUCUUUUAAAAAUUCGUAAAAAUAGGCUAUUUUUACGGCCGGCGAAUGUAAAAGCCUCCUUAAGCGCUCCAAAAGCGUUUAUACCUUCAAAUAGAUCCUACAAAAUAUAUGCGAUAUCGUAGUGUUUGUCAGUCAUUUAUCCGUUUUAGCCAAUUUUUCGUAUCCAGAUAAUUUCCGCUAUAACUGCAAGAUCGUUUUCUUUAAAUGUAUUGCUGAUUUAAUCAGAAAUAUUUUCACUGAUUCACUCGAAGGAAGUGUAUAAGUAAAAAGUGUUUCAACGAUGAAAUAUCAAGCCUCGUCUGCAAUACGCGGAGUAAGUUGGAAUAAGAAAUAAAAAUGUUCCCGCACAGCUUCCUUACCCCGGAAGUAUUUCUCUCAAGUAAGAGAUUUACUCCAACUCACGUCAAGCUUACUCCGCGUAUUCUAUAGAGGAGUCUUCAUGCAUACACAAAUCAUACACGAGAGUGUACGAGAUAUAAUCGUAAAUAACACGACGCGCGUGAUGUCGUGAUUGUGCGCAACGGCGUGCGCGACGGUGUACAGUUGGAUGUCUUUAAGACACCUCCAGAAUUCGAUGAAGAAUUGCUCGGGUCCUGCGACAGGUGCUCGAGCCGUCGAGAGCGACGAAGUGUCUUAUUAAACGGGGUCCUCGUCGCGUAACAGAUCCGCAAUGCCCGCCAUUGUUACGAUUUCGAAGCCUUGAACGGACACGCGGCUUCGCCCACGCCCGGUUCUCGCACCGAUGGUGCAACGCGACGAGAGCGAGAGCGCACUUUAUCGUUAGUCCAUUUGCAUGCCGGCAUUUGUUUAGUUUCUGCCAUUUCUCACGCCCGUCAAAUCUACGCAACGCAAUCUCCAGCGCGCGCGGCAUUAAUCCGACGCUCAUUAAUACGACGGUUAUGAGUAUUCCGCAACCAGCUUGCCGGCACAGAUCCCCGACGUCAGCCCACGCGCAACCUUUCCCGAGGAGAUCCGCGUUGCCCCGGCGGUUCGCACGCCGAAAAAAAAGAAAGUGGAAGCCGUUCGCGCGAGAGGCUACCACUGCUGCUUCCGGUCUUGUUUUUCCCCUUUCUUCUUUUUCUUUCCCCUAAUAAGCGGUCCAACGAAAAUCGAGAGUGGCCCGACGUUACGUCGCCAAGUAAGGCGGCACUAUGCAGACCGAGGAAGUCGUGCCGCGCGCACAGUCGAUUGGCAUAGACAGUGGUCUCACCGACGGCGCCGGUCUGCAGCAUCAUUUGCAUCACUCAGUGCACUUACGCUGCCCGUUACCGCCUCUAAUCCACAUGGCCGUCAAGCAGGAGCCGCAAGAGGAGGAAGAGCGAAGUCGCGACGCGAACACGUUGAGCUCGCAAGUGGACGCAAGCAACGCCGCGAGCUCGCUGGACGGCAAGCACGGACAGCAGGUAGCUCAUCAUCAAAUUCAGGGCCUGGGAGAGAAUUCCACGCUGACCGUCCCGGACCCCGCUAAUCGAGGGCGGCCCAGCCGCGGCCGCAGGAAAUCGCGAUGGAAACUCAAGUUCCAUCAUCAGGCGCUACCGCCGGAGUACCUGGACCACUACGAGGCGUCGCUCGCUCAAGAGAACCUCAACUCAUCGCCGCCACCGCGCGCCAUCGAGCCAACGGCACCGAGUCCAGCGCCGACGAGCUCAACGUCCACCCCGAGUCCCAUCGCCGACGUGCACGGCUGGCUGCAGCGGAUCGCAGCGAUGCAGCAGGAGCUCUGUCCCCAGCUUCCAUCACCGCAAUGCCCCACGACCUUCGGCCACCACAACCAAGCGGUCCAAGCGGGCACCAGACGGUCCGUCAUCACCUCCGCGUCCUCGCAGGCCUACAACACGCCUUAUUCCAACCAUCACGCUCAGCAGACACAGACACCUAGCAGACCGCCGAUGAAGUAUUCCGAUCUGCCGUACAUGGGCGAGAUCACUCUGGACAACAGCAAGCCCAGACGCGGACGGAAGCCAAAGAAGGCCGAUAUCUGUCAUCUAAUCUUCAAGAACUACGGCACGAUACUGCCGGGCACGCCGGGUCACGAGGAGAAGAGGCUGUCACCGCGGGAUAAACAAGAGCCUCGGGACCGUGUGUCGCCUCAUGUGCCCUUUCAGAGGACCGACGUGCAAAACCGAAUCAGCAGUCUGUUGGAGAAGCGGCUGACUCAAGAGACUAGACGGAGCUUCGCGUUGUCGGAGGGCACGAGGGAGCAGGACGAACCGCUGAAUCUCUGCAUCAGAGACCUCAAUCAGCUGAAGAUACGACUGUUGAGGAAACACGGGAACGUGUACGAGUCCGGCCAAGUGAAGAGUGAGACGUCGAGCGACGGUGAGGAGGUGGAAUGCCUAAGCGCCAGCGGGUUCACGUCGGAACCGGCCAAUUACUCGGACCCAGGUCACCGGCCGAGCAACUUGGUCAAUCACAACAACAACGUCAUCGAUCCGAUGAUCGGCCCCAACUCCGGCUUCGUGUACUGGCCGAACGCCGGCGUGUUUAUCCACCCAAUGGCAUUGCAGUCGCAACUGCUGUACUACCAGAAGGUAGCGCAAGGUGACAAGUGUCCCUCGCGAGCGCUGCCGGCGGAUCAGCCGCCGAGAGAGCAGAAGAUCGUACCCAAGUCGAUAUACUCGAUGAUGGAGACGAAGAGCGGGCCUCCAGUGCCUCCGGCUCCGUCUCAAGCGGCACCAGUGUCGGCGAACGCGCCUCCGUCGCCGAGACCAAAGAGAAACGCGCCUCUGAGCCAACAUCAGGGUCAACAGCCGACCAAGCGGAAGCGCUCCGCCAUAUUUAUACCGCCCAUGCCGACUGAGAACAACAACCCGGCGACGGAAGUGAGCAUAUGCAAGUUCAAGUUCACCGGCGGCGCCAAGCCCAGCCUGCAGGAGAAGAAGAGCCUCUCCGUGGACUCGGGCGGUAACUUCCGCUACUACAGCGGCACCGGCGACAAGAGUAUGCGGGGUUACGAGUUCUUUCCACGGGAAGCCCUGCAACAGCCGGCCGGCCAGUCCGGAGCUUCCUCGGCCGCCGGUGCUUUCCUCAGCGCCGCCGGUGAAAGGAUCCAGCCACCGGCGGCGUGCCAGCGAAACGCCGGCCAGGACGACGGCCGGCGCAAGAGAAAAACACGGAAGUCCCUGCAACGCGAGAAACUCGAGCAGACCUUCAAGGAGAAAGGCUUCCUCAUCCAGACGCAGCAGCUGGAAUCCGCAGAGGGUGCCACCUAUUGCAAGUUCCGGCAGCUCAGGAAGUUCACCAGGUACCUGUUCAGGAGCUGGAAGGACUAUCUACCCGGCAACGUGCGCGAGCUGAGUGGUGGCGGCGGCGGCGGCGGCGGCGGUGGCGGCAGUGGCGGCGGCGGUGAGGGUGGUGGCGCAACGACGGAUGGCGACGUGACCGACGUCGACGUCGACGGUGGCGCCGUUCUCGUUCACUCGCCUCGCGGCAACCUGCUGGAUGUGCCCAACAGCUUCGUCGAGGAUCAUCGGACACUGCCCCUCACGUGAGGUCGCUCGACGGAGGUCAUAGCGCGGUGCGACGCAUUUUCUUUUAGACCCGGGUCUUACCGACGGUUCGUGAAAAACUCGAGCUUUUCGCGCGUAUAUAUACAGCCGAGGCUCGCUCGAUGUGAGUGUCAAAAUCGAUGUUCGAAUGGUAAUUCGGCGCGUGCACUUGACAGCGAACGUCGAGCGCGUUCGUUGUCAGCCGUGCGUUCUGCUGCGUCAAAAGCGUAAACUUGAUCGUCAGCAUCGUGCCAUGACGCGCGUCACGACGACGGUGCAAACUCGACCGUAGCUUAGUGCCAAAGAUGACAGACUGGAAAUGUACAUAAAGUCGCGACAGGGGAUGGAUCAACCAAAGAGUGAUUUCGCGCUCGCCGUGCUGGGACCGCAGAUAUAUAUCCGAGGGGGAAUUUAUUGCUCGCAGAACGGGACUGUGUGUAUGUGUGCGUGUGUAUGUGUGUGUGUGUGUAUGUGUAUGUAUAAUGCAUUUUGGGGUGGUAUCAUAGAGUGAGACUCGAGCGACGGUAUCGUCGCUACGUCAUACUUUUCUAAGCGAAUCGUUGAAAAAUGUCGUCUAACGAAAUCUAGUCUUAUUUAUACUCUCUUGUUAAAUCGUAAACACGUUUUUUUUUCUUGUUUUUACACGGAUCUUUGUUUUUACACGGAUAUUUGUAUCGCUGCGCUGUGUGCGCGCGCGACAGCAGCAGCAGUAAAAGCAGCAACAACAACAACAGCGGUGGCAACUCCGAAAAUAUUGCGCGCAUAACGACGAGACGCGAGCUUAUACGCGACAAUCGAGAUAACUGUCCCUCGGAUCGAAAUCAUACGCGCUACUGAUUUGUUUGCUUAGGCCGCACGUUGGAUCAGAUAUUUGAACAGUUGUCGAUAUUGACGAUGCGCGCUUGAAAACGCAACGGCGAGACAAUAUGUCGGGCACGGUCGUCGCGUUCGCCUGUACCGAGCUGUCCAAAUGGGAUUUGAAGCUGAUAUAACGUCAACGAGAAAGAGAGAGAAAGAGAGAGAGAGAGAGAGAGAGAGUUUGGUUCAUCAUACGUUACAGAGAUAUUAUGAGAUAACAGUAGACUUCACGCUGACUUUAACAAUUCCACUUUCACGAAUAAAAAUGUAGCAGUGACUUCUGCGCGCGCGCGAGAUCAGAAUUCAGAAUUCAUCGGAACUGUACCACUUUCAAUCCCGGGUCCAUAGCGCGGAAAGACGCGAUUCCUUCGCCGAUCCGACCCGAAUUUCUCGUCACGCUCACGCCGGAAGUCCGGCCAAACGGAGCGAACGCAAGUUCGGAACCGUCCUACGAUCGUGCGCUUACUGUCCUUUUCCGUGCGGCGACAUGUAAAAUCUAUUUUAUACGUAUGUGCUCAUUGUAACGAGAUAAAUCCUUAUAGUCUGUAAUAAUAAAAUCAAUUGUUAUCGA